UGCUGUGUAGGAGGGACUUGAUGCUCCGCGCAAACUUCUCGUUUGAGCUUUUCCCAUUCGAGUGCCAGUCGCCCUAGUCCUUCUUGGCGCGACGACAUCAACUUGGAAUUCAGUGGACACGGUAGCGGAUCCUACAAUGCAGUUGAAAGUGAAAAAGCGAGCGGAGGCUGAGAAUUUUACGCUGAUAUAGCCUAUAACGUUUUUUUUCUUCCUUUUCCUUAACAUUACAUUUUCUGAUACAAGGACACUAGCAUCUACAGCAGUCAUACCUUCACAAGCACAGUCACGUAUUCGCGCGGUCACAUUAAAAACAUCAUCACAAACACACUAAUAACAUAUCUUUAUUUUACGAAGAAGGACGUCAACCUUUUUGGAUCGAGACAUGGAUCUAUGGUUCUGUUCGACCCGAAUUUGCUGGUGGAGGGUAUUGUUUCUCAUGAGCAUCUUCCAAGACUAUUUGAGCUCAAUGCUGGACUGCCCGCCAACCUGCAGCUGCUCACCAACAGAGAUAUAUUGCAAUAAGUCCGACAAUGGGAAAUUCUUCCCCUUGCUUGCUCUUCAAGAUACAGGAAGCAGUGGCAAUACAAGUGUCGAUAUAGAAGACUUUUUCAAGAAUAUCACGUCCAUACAUAUAGAGAACUGGACGGGCCUGCAGACUCUAAAAGAUGUGGAUAUGGAGCUCUACACUGGACUACAGAGACUAACGAUAAUGAACUGUAAUCUGCGGGUGAUUCAGCCAAGGGUGUUCGCUCAGAACCCUCAUCUACGCUACAUAAACCUGGCAAAGAACCCCCUGACCACGCUGUCAUGGCAGCUGUUUCAGAACCUACAACUAUCUGAGCUGAGGCUGGAUGGCGUGGUGUUUGAGUGCGGCUGUGACAUCCGCUGGAUCCAGCUGUGGCAGCAGAGGGGGGAGGCAGGGCUGCACACCCAGCAGCUGUACUGCAGGAACGGAGCCUCCAAGAUCGAGCUCCGCCACAUGUACAUUGGCAACUGUGACCUGCCUGAGAUCAGUGUGAGCCACUCUAACCUGACAGUGAUGGAGGGGGACAAUGUGACAGUAAGCUGCAAUGGAUCAGGAGCCCCCCUCCCAGAGGUGGACUGGACUGUUGGUGGUCUACACUCCAUCAACACACAUCUGUCCAAUGUAUACUGGCCCAACAUCCACUCUAUCAACCUGACACUGGUCAACGUCAGCCGUGACGACAACUUCUUCCAGCUGACCUGCAUCGCUGAGAACGUGGUGGGGAUGACCAACUCUUCCAUCCAGCUCAAUGUUCAGUUUCAACCAACCAUCCUGAAACUGGCGGAGCCAGAGCGUCGCCAUGACACGUGUAUAGAGUUCACGGUGCGGGGCUACCCCCACCCAACGCUGCGCUGGUACCACAAGCAGAAGGAGAUCCUCCAGAAUGCCUAUAUCCGCACGGAGAUGGAGUUCUACCAGGACUACCUGGAGGGAUGCCUAACCUUCAGGAACCCCACUCACUAUGACAACGGCAACUACACACUGGAGGCCAGUAACGCCCUUGGCACCGUGACCAAGACAGUCUACGGACACUUCCUGACGGCCCCUCCGUUUGAAGAAAAUGUUGCCCCCACGCCAUCGGACAAUGAGUCUAACAGACCAGAAGAGGAUACUUUUGGCGUGUCCAUUGCAGUGGGCCUGGCCGGCUUUGCUUGUGUGCUGCUCAUCGUUCUGUUCGUCCUCAUCAACAAAUAUGGCCGCCGCUCCAAGUUUGGAAUGAAAGGACCAGUGGCAGUGAUCAGUGGUGAGGAAGACUCCGCCAGUCCCCUUCAUCAUGUCAACCACGGCAUCAUCACCCCCUGCACCCUGGAUGCUGGUCCUGAUGCGGUUGUCAUAGGGAUGACCCGCAUCCCAGUCAUAGAGAAUCCUCAGUACUUCCGGCACGGACAUAACUGCAACAAGCCUGCCACCUACGUACAGCACAUAAAACGACGUGACAUCAUCCUGAAGCGUGAGUUGGGAGAGGGGGCGUUCGGGAAGGUCUUCCUGGCGGAGUGCUACAACCUGAGCCCAACCAAGGACAAGAUGCUGGUGGCUGUCAAGACCCUGAAAGAUCCCAACCUGUCAGCCAGGAAGGACUUCCAGAGGGAGGCGGAGCUCCUUACCAACCUGCAACACGAGCACAUCGUUAAGUUCUACGGCGUGUGUGUGGAUGGAGACCCGCUCAUCAUGGUGUUUGAGUACAUGAAGCACGGAGACCUUAACAAGUUCUUGAGAGCUCAUGGGCCUGACGCCAUGAUCCUGGUGGACGGCCAGCCGCUGCAGUCCAAUGGGGAGCUGGGCCUCUCUCAGAUGCUUCACAUCGGGACACAGAUUGCCUCCGGGAUGGUGUACUUGGCCUCCCAGCACUUCGUCCACCGGGACCUGGCCACGCGCAACUGUCUGGUGGGCAACGGUUUGCUGGUGAAGAUUGGAGACUUUGGGAUGUCCAGAGAUAUCUACAGCACUGACUACUACCGGGUGGGAGGACACACCAUGCUACCCAUCCGCUGGAUGCCUCCUGAAAGCAUCAUGUACCGGAAGUUCACCACAGAGAGUGAUGUGUGGAGUUUUGGGGUCAUCAUGUGGGAGAUCUUCACCUACGGAAAGCAGCCUUGGUUUCAGCUGGCCAACAACGAGGUAAUUGAGUGUAUAACACAGGGUCGUGUCCUGGAGAGACCUCGUGUUUGUCCCAAGGAGGUGUAUGACAUCAUGCUAGGGUGCUGGCAGAGGGAACCCCAACAGCGACUUAAUAUAAAGGACAUUCAGAAGGUCCUCUUCGCCAUGGGCAAAGCCACACCUGUCUAUCUGGAUAUCCUUGGCUAACACUAGUCAGACUUGUUUGUUCCUCGCCAGACAGACAGACACACUGACUGACUGACAAACACAAACCAGGAAUAACCAAACAACCUGUACCUUACUGCGCCACUGUCAAAACACCUACAAGUUUGGGAAGGACUUAAGUGCCUGCAACACUUUUCGAUAUACUGGAUAAAAAGUAUCAAAAAGACGCACUUUUACAUUUUGUUUACUUACAUAUAUGAUGUAUAGUUAUACAGUUUCUGAAAAACUGCAAAAAAUAAACUAAAAAUGUAAAUGUAAAAAAAGGGAAGACACAGUGAUGUUUGCUCUUGGUAUGGCGACAGCACGACAGGGGAAGAAUAUUUCCUGUAUUUCAUUUUAUAAAUAUACAUAGAUAUUACAUACAGUAUAUUUUCUAUUUAUUUAGUUCUUUUUCAAGGUGUCAAAAAGUCUGCCAUGUCUGUCGAUAAGGGCUUGCCCCUGUGUGAGGAAUGCCCUCUAAUAAUGACAAAUGGCUGGCAGGGACUUGAUGAAGAAAGCCUUACUGCUGUUUGAUUGGCUGAGACCAAUCUAUUAUGCUGAUGAAGGACAAACAUUGGAUGGUUAAAAAGGAAUCAGUAAAACAAUUGUGAAACCACCCAAUCAGUCAACAAAUCGAUUUUAAUUUAAAUGAAUGUACAUAAUGUAAAUUUCAAUGUGUGUUAUGUUAACUUAUUUUAUUUUGGGGUUAUUUUAGUUAUUUUACUGACACAGUGGGGAACAUGGACUUGGUUUUCUAAAUAUUAUAUGAAAUAUAUGUUUUAAAUCAUGAAAAAGGGAGAAUAUAUGUUAAUGUUGAUAGUUUUUGUCACUGUGUAACUUACACAGAGAAUUAUAAUUACAGUGGAGGACGUACGACAGAGAGACUUUGUAGAGUGUGGAGUAUGCCGAGCCUUUACUCCAAAUUAUGUUUUGCCAAGAGGUGAUAAAAUCUUAUAUUAACUUUCCAGUUCAUUUGCUUUUUAUGACUAGAAUAAUGCGAUGAUAAGUACUGUCUUUCAUCCCAUCCCUACUCAUGCUGCACCUCCAAACAUACAUACACACCUAGAUUUUUUGUUGUUGUGAUUUCCAUGCUAUGUAGUGUAAAACUGUCCAGGGGUGCGUUUCCCGAAAGCAUCGUAAGCCUAAGUUGAUCGUAGAGUCCAUCGU